AUGGGAAACACUUCUGGCGAUGACAAGAUUCUCAGAUUUGACGAUGUUGUCCUCAGGAGAUCAGAUUUGGACAUCCUUAAUGGCCCAAAUUUUCUAAACGAUCGUGUUAUCGAAUUUUACCUAAGCUUCUUAUCCACAGUCCACACUUCCCCUACCAUCUCAUUGAUCCCUCCCUCCAUUGCCUUCUGGAUCUCAAACUGCCCUGACACUGAAUCACUCAAAGAUUUCAUGAAACCCCUUGGAUUGCAUGACAAAGACCUCCUGAUAUUCCCUGUAAAUGACAAUCUGGAUGUCGAGUUAGCAGAAGGCGGAUUACAUUGGAGCUUACUCGUGUACUACAGAGAAGCCAACUCGUUUUUCCAUCACGAUAGCUUAAUGGGAAUGAAUAGCCGGAACGCGAAACAGCUUUUCAAGGCAGUUUCUCCAUUCGUGUCUAACGGAGAUGCAGCAUACAGAGAAUGCAUUGAUACGCCGCUGCAAAAGAAUGGGUACGACUGUGGUGUUUUUGUUCUUGCAAUCGCUCGGGUUAUAUGCCAAUGGUUUAGCUCUGGGGCAGUGAAGAACCGGGAUGAGCUAUGGUUUACUGUUGUGAAGGAGACUGUACCAGAUUUGGUUAACCAUUUGAGAGAGGAGAUAUUGGGGCUGAUCAAAAGCUUGAUGUCUGAGAGUAAGUAA